CAACCCAUUUCCAAAAAGUGGUAUAAAGCUUGUUUCUUCAAUACUAAAGUUGCAUCUACCAUGUUUGUAAAGUAUGUUUCCAAUCCAUAGACUAUAUAUUCUCUCCAUUAGCAGUUUUGCUUUCCUUGGCUUUGUCUUUUGAUUUGAUUCUUCGUUUUCGUGUUAAUUAGGGCUUAAUUGCAUGUGUGUUGUGGAGGAUGGAAUUUAGUCUUGUGAGGUUGCAAAGAUAUGUUCUCCGUAGCUUUCUUUUUCUUCUUUUGAUGUAUAAUACUCACAAGAAUUAGCUUCCUUGCAUUGCAUGGUUGCUAUGUGAAGCUUUUGAAUUUUUUAUUUUUUUUUAAGAAUAAUAUUUCAUGGCAAACUUUUGGCUGAAUGAUUUUUUAAUUUUUGGACGAAUAAUCAAACUCUAUAUUAUAUUACAAGAAAUUUGUCAUCCAUUCUUUGGAGAACUAUAUUUUUUUUAAGGAAUUUUUUUGAAAUGUCAUAUGAACUUAUACACUUUUUUAGUUUGUCAUACAAAUUAAAUUUUUAAACGAUUUGUCAUAUCAAUCUUCCAAAAUUCUUAAUUUGUCAUCUUAUCUCAACCCCGUUAAAUUUUCCAUCCAAAAUAAUUCACGUGCAUUGCACAUUAGUUGUGUUUAGGGUAAUUUCAGACUUUCGACCUCAUUUGCACAAGUUUUUUUUUUAUUUUUUUUUUAUUUUUAUACAAGGAUAUAUUUAUACUAGGAGGUGGAGGAAGAAAUUGAUUUUGGACAUUUGACCUUUUUUCACAAGCUACUUCUCUUUGGUAUGAACCCAAAAAUUUUGACUAGUAAUAAAAAGUAUGUCGCGUUCAUUUCAAAAACUUAAGGUGAACUACUAAAAAAUUAUAUUAGGCUUAUUAACAUGGAGUUUAACUAAUUACAAGCUUUGAGAAUUUAAUGCGAUCCACUUGUUCUUUAAAAAAGGAGUUGAAAUGUCAGAAAUAAUCUUGAAAGAGUGUGUUGAGUUAAAAAGUUGGAAAUAACCUUGAAACCAAGUCAUUUGUAAGGCACAUGGCUUAUUUUGGGUGGCAAACUUAACAGAGUUAUGAUGAAAUGACAAAUUAAUGAUUUUGGAAAGUUGAUAUGACAAAUUUCUCAAAAUUUUAGUUUAUAUGACAAAUUAAAAAAGCUGUACAAGUUCAUAUGAUGUUUCAAAUUUUUUUUCAUUUUUAAAAAGAAAGUUUGGUUGCCAAUUCAAACAAUAAAUAGUUCCUGUUGCAGCUCUGAUCUCACCACCUAAGUUGUCUGACUUGCUUUGUGUUGUAAACCAAAGCAACCAACUUUCUGAAGUGCUGCUGCUCGUCAAAAACAGCAAGUUAACAGUAAGACAUGGCUGAGGUAAAUCCUGUGGAUGGAGAGGCAGUCAAGGAGCGGGACGUGGCAGCAUCAAACGGCGAUUCAACCGCGGAGGAUUCCGAAAACAAUGCGCAAGAUAUGAGCAAGAGCAAGGAGGAUGGCACCAAAACAGUACCAUAUUACAAGCUUUUCUCCUUUGCUGAUUCCUUGGAUUACAUGCUAAUGUCUGUUGGUGUGAUCAGCGCCAUUGGAAACGGGCUGUGUCUGCCUCUAAUGAGUGUAAUCAUAGGAGAUAUGAUUAAUUCUUUUGGAGGAACUGGGAAUACCAAAGAUGUGGUGGGUGCAGUUUCUAAGGUAGCUCUAAAGUAUGUUUACUUGGCCGUGGGAGCUGGUGCUGCUGCAUUUCUGCAGAUGUCUUGCUGGAUGAUCACCGGAGAGAGACAGGCUGCACGAAUAAGAGGGUUAUAUUUGAAAACAAUAUUAAGGCAAGAUGUUGGUUUUUUUGAUAACGAAAUAAACACUGGGGAAAUUAUUGGGAGGAUGUCAGGUGAUACUGUGCUCAUUCAAGAGGCCAUGGGCGAGAAGGUAGGAAGAUUUAUCCAAUUAAUUGCAACAUUCAUCGGAGGCUUUAUUAUAGCAUUUGUUAAGGGAUGGCUUCUCACCCUUGUCAUGCUAUUGUCUAUUCCCCUUCUUGUCUUCUCUGGGGCCAUGAUGGGCAUCGUUAUAUCGAAGUUGGCAUCCCGUGGGCAAACUGCUUAUUCACUGGCAUCAACUGUGGUAGAGCAGACAGUUGGUUCAAUCAGAACUGUUGUCUCAUUUACAGGAGAGAAACAUGCCAUAGCUAAUUACAACAGCUCCUUAAUUAAAGCUUACAAGUCGGGUGUGCACGAGGGUCUGGCUUCUGGGUUUGGGAUUGGUGCUAUGAGGCUUAUUGUAAUGUGUAGUUAUGGUUUGGCCAUAUGGUUUGGCGGAAAGAUGAUAGUUGAAAAAGGAUAUACAGGAGGAGAAGUAAUGAAUGUAGUUUUUGCUGUGUUGAAUGGCUCACUGUCCCUUGGGCAGGCAUCUCCAUGCAUGAGUGCAUUUGCUGCUGGAAAAGCUGCAGCUUAUAAAAUGUUUGAGACGAUUAACAGAAAGCCUGAGAUAGAUACUUAUGACACUAAUGGGGAGCAGUUACAAGAGAUCCAUGGAGACAUUGAACUGAGGGAUGUUUAUUUUAGCUAUCCUGCAAGACCAGAUGAACAAAUAUUCCGUGGAUUUUCUCUCUCAAUACCUAGUGGUGCAACUGCUGCUUUGGUUGGAGGAAGCGGAAGUGGUAAAUCAACUGUAAUCAGUUUAAUUGAGAGAUUUUAUGACCCCCAAGCUGGUGAAGUUCUUAUCGAUGGUAUUAAUCUGAAAGAAUUCCAGCUGAAAUGGAUCAGACAGAAAAUAGGCCUUGUCAGUCAGGAACCCGUUUUGUUUACUUGUAGCAUUAAAGAUAACAUUGCUUAUGGGAAGGACCGUGCAACUAAUGAUGAAAUAAGGGCUGCUGUUGAACUUGCUAAUGCAGCUAAAUUCAUAGACAAACUGCCUCAGGGACUAGACACAAUGGUUGGUGAACAUGGAGCUCAGCUAUCUGGGGGACAAAAGCAGAGAGUUGCCAUAGCUAGAGCAAUCUUGAAAGACCCAAGAAUUCUACUUUUAGACGAAGCCACAAGUGCUCUCGAUGCAGAAUCUGAGAGAGUUGUGCAGGAGGCAUUGGAUAGAAUUAUGAUUAGUCGCACUACUGUCGUUGUAGCCCAUCGUUUGAGCACAGUAAGGAAUGCUGACACCAUUGCUGUUAUACAUAGAGGGACAAUUGUUGAAAAAGGACCACAUUCUGAGCUAAUUAAGGACUCUGAGGGAGCAUAUAGCCGGCUUAUAAGGUUGCAAGAAAUGAGCAGAGUGUCAGAAAAGACGACUGUGAAUGAUCAAAAUAGGCCAGAAAUUAGUAGUGUGGAUUCUCGGAGACAUGCAAGUCCAAGAUUUUCAAACUUACGAUCCAUAAGCUGGGGAUCAUCUGGGAGAGGAAAUAGUGGUCGUCAUUCCCUCUCAAUCUCAUUUGGUGUGCCCACUGCAGUAGGUGUCCUUGAAGCAGCACAUGCAGGAUCAGAUAUUCCUGACUCAAAAUCAUCAAGAGUGCCUCCAGAAGUCUCGCUUCGCCGCCUAGCUUACCUGAACAAGCCAGAGAUCCCAGUCUUGUUACUAGGUACUAUAGCUGCAGCGGUCGAUGGGGUAUUCUUACCUUUUUUGGGGGUAUUAUUUGCCUGUGUAACCAAAACCUUCUUUGAGCCACCGCAUGAAGUCCGAAAGGAUUCAAAGUUCUGGGCAUUAAUCUGUAUUGUUCUUGGACUGGGAUCUUCCAUAGCACAUCCAUUAAGACAAUACCUUUUCGCUGUCGCGGGUUGUAGGUUAAUAAAACGAGUCCGAUCGAUGUGCUUUGAGAAGGUGGUUUACAUGGAAGUAAGUUGGUUUGACGAUCCUGAGCACUCAAGUGGUGCAAUUGGUGCAAGGCUUUCUGCAGAUGCAGCUUCUUUGCGGGGGCUGGUUGGAGAUGGUCUUGGUUUGGUUGUUCAGAACUUAGCAACUGCAGUUGCUGGUUUGGUGACUGCUUUUAUGGCAAAUUGGCAACUUUCUCUUAUAGUUCUUGUUUUGCUGCCUCUGUUAGGAGUAAAUGGAUAUUUUCAAGUCAAAUUCAUGAAAGGAUUCAGUGCGGAUGCGAAGAAAAUGUACGAGGAGGCAAGCCAAGUAGCGAAUGAUGCUGUAGGGAAUAUCAGAACAAUUGCUUCCUUCUGUGCCGAAGAGAAGGUGAUUGAAUUGUACCAGAAAAAAUGUGAAGGCCCAAUUAAGAAAGGGAUUAGACAAGGGUUAAUCAGUGGGAUAGGAUUUGGGCUAUCCUUCUUUUUUAUGUAUUCCGUGCACGCCACUAGUUUUUACGCAGGAGCCCGACUUGUUUCAGCUGGAAAGACAACAUUCUCCGAUGUUUUCCGAGUUUUCUUUGCUCUCACUAUGGCAACAGUUGGAGUGUCUCAGUCGGGUUCCCUAGCCCCUGAUGUAAGUAAAGCAAAGAGCUCUGCUGCUUCUAUAUUUGCGAUUCUCGAUCGAAAAUCAACAAUAGACUCCAGUGACGAAUCUGGAACAACUAUAGAAAAUGUGAAGGGAGAAAUUGAAUUACGCCACGUCAACUUUAAGUACCCAACUCGACCUGACGUGCUAAUCUUCCAGGACCUUUGCUUGACCAUUCGUCACGGCAAGACAGUUGCUCUGGUUGGAGAAAGUGGAAGUGGGAAAUCGACAGUCAUCUCAUUGUUGCAGAGAUUUUAUGAUCCUGAUUCUGGUCACAUUACACUAGAUGGAAUCGAAAUCCAAAAGCUACAGUUGAAGUGGUUGAGACAGCAAAUGGGGCUAGUGAGCCAGGAGCCUGUGUUGUUUAAUGAAACCAUCCGAGCCAACAUUGCAUAUGGAAAGGAAGGGGAUGCAACAGAAGCUGAAAUUAUAGCUGCAGCAGAAUUGGCAAACGCUCACAAGUUCAUUAGUAGUUUACAACAGGGUUACGAUACAAUAGUAGGAGAGCGGGGGGUUCAACUGUCCGGCGGACAGAAGCAAAGGGUGGCAAUCGCAAGGGCUAUAAUGAAGGCACCAAAGAUUUUACUACUAGAUGAAGCCACAAGUGCUCUUGACGCUGAAUCCGAACGAGUUGUUCAAGACGCAUUGGACCGAGUCAUGGUGGAUCGAACCGCGGUGGUGGUUGCUCAUCGGUUAUCCACGAUUAGGAGUGCAGAUUUAAUCGCGGUGGUGAAAAAUGGAGUCAUUGCAGAGAAAGGAAAGCAUGAAACUUUGAUCAAUGUCAAGGAUGGCAUUUAUGCUUCUUUGGUUGCAUUCCAUGCAAGUGCCUCAUCUUAGUGAUCUGCUUUUCAAUUAUUAUACUGCAGUAACUUAGAAAUUCCAAGGAAAAUAGGUAUGCAUAAGCUUAUUUUAGGUGAUUCUCACUUUACUGCCCUCAAGUAUCAUGAAAUUUGUACUUUGCUUC